AUGAGGAAGCUGUUGCUAUGGGUUGGACUGGUUCUUCUGCUGAAACACCACAAUGGUGCUGCCUACAAACUGGUGUGUUAUUUUACCAACUGGGCACACACUAGACCAAGUCCUGCCUCCAUCUUGCCCCAUGACCUGGACCCCUUUCUCUGCACUCACCUGAUAUUUGCCUUUGCUUCAAUGAGCAACAAUUGUAUUGUUGCUAAAGAUUACCAGGAUGAAAAAAUUCUCUACCUAGAGUUCAACAAACUCAAAGAGAGGAACAAGGAGCUGAAAACUCUGCUGUCUAUUGGAGGAUGGAACUUUGGAACAUCGAGGUUCACCACAAUGUUGUCCACAUUUACCAGCCGCAACAAGUUUAUUUACUCAGUUAUAUCCUUCCUGAGGACACAUGGCUUCGAUGGCCUUGACCUUUUCUUCUUGUACCCUGGACUACGAGGCAGCCCCCUAUAUGACCGGUGGACUUUUCUCUUCUUAAUUGAAGAGCUCCUGUUUGCCUUUAAGAAGGAAGCACUACUUACCAGCCGCCCAAGGCUGCUUCUCUCUGCUGCUGUCUCCAGCAUCCCAUACAUCAUCCAAACAUCUUAUGAUGUACACCGACUUGGACAACUCCUGGAUUUCAUCAAUGUCUUGACUUAUGACUUGCAUGGAAGCUGGGAAAAUUCCACAGGACACAAUAGCCUCUUGUUUUCUCUGCCUGAAGACCCUAUAUCUUCGGCAUAUGCUAUGAAUUACUGGCGAGAACUUGGGGCACCUGCAGAGAAGCUCAUCAUGGGGUUCCCCACCUACGGGCGUACCUUUCACCUUCUCAAUGCAUUUAGGAAUGGACUGCGUGCUCCCGCGAUGGGACCAGCUUCUCUGGGGAAGUAUACCAAGCAAGCUGGCUUCUUGGCUUAUUUUGAGGUGAUGGCAUUAGGGACCUCUGUCUAG